UUGAUAUAGGUCGUCCCGACGACCCAAAAUUCCCUAAAAUAAAAAUAUAAAGUAUUUUCUAUAUAUAAUGUUGUAUUGACUCACUUGUUGACGAAACCAUUUGUGAAUCAAACACACACAAACAAAAAAAUCAAUAUACAUCAUUUAUAUCGACAUGUCGGUCGUCUUUUCAAGUUUUCUUUUGUUCUUCACCAUUAUCAUAAAGUCGGCCGAUUCAUCAGCUCUUCACAAAGAUGAAUUAAAAGCGCUUGGAGAGAUAGCUAAUACACUUGGUAUCAAGACACUGAACCUACGGAACGGAGAUCCUUGCCAUUUAGGAAUCCUUAAGUUUGAUGAUGCUCAGAAUCCGGAGGGCACGAACAGCAUUAUUUGUGACUGUACCUUCAACGACAGCACGACAUGCCAUAUUACAGAGUUGAAACUCAAGACCCUCAGUCUUCCUGGAAAACUUCCACCUGAGUUAGUCAAACUUCAGUAUCUGCAAUCUAUAGAUUUUUGCAGAAAUUACCUUUCAGGAACAAUCCCAAUGGAGUGGGCUUCUUUGCCAUACUUUUCUUCCAUGUCGCUCUGCGCGAAUCAUUUGACUGGGCCUUUACCAGCUGGUUUACAAAACUUUAAGAGUCUGACGUUCCUAGGAAUUGAAGCCAACCAGUUCUCUGGUCCAAUUCCUGAUGAGCUUGGUAGUAUGACCAACCUAACAAAACUGCAUCUUGCAUCCAAUCAAUUUAAUGGAAGCUUGCCAAUCACUCUAGCUAGACUGGUGAACCUUAAGGAUUUUAGGGUAAGUGAUAAUAACUUCAGUGGUACCAUCCCUGCAUAUAUUGGCAACUGGUUUGGGGUUCAAAGGCUCAGACAUAUACAUGCAAGUGGACUGAAAGGGCCUAUUCCUGAAGCAGUUGCCCGGUUAAAAAAUCUUAAUGAACUGAGAAUUAGUGAUACGACUGGGAUAAACGUAUUUCCAAUUCUAUCCAGCGGAGCCAUCCAAACCCUGACUUUGAGGAAUGUGGGUUUGUCUGGUCCAAUUCCAUCUUACAUCUGGAGUAUGCCAAACCUAAAGAAUCUUGAUCUAUCUUUUAACAAGUUGACUGGUGGAGUUCAAGAACUAGAAAAAGCACCCGCAAAUACCUAUUUGACUGGAAACAUGCUUUCGGGAAACGUUGGAUCUGCUCUGUCAAUCUACGAAGAAGCCAAUAUUGAUAUCUCUUACAACAAUUUCUCAUGGUCUUCUACCUGCAAGGACAAAAGUAACAUUAACACAUUCCGGAGCUCAUAUUUGAAGAACAAUUUAAUUGGACUUCUUCCGUGCGCUGGUCCAAUGAACUGCAAGAGAUUUGUAGAUCAGCGCUCACUACAUAUAAAUUGUGGUGGAGAAAGUACAACGGUUACAAACACUUCGGGUAAAAUCACUUAUGAAGCUGAUAACAGUGAAACAAAAUCCGUGACAAAUCAACACUUUCAAAACUGGGGAAUCAGUAACACAGGUCUGUUGUCGAAUGACAUAUACACCAUUUCCACUAGUUUAACUCUACCUGGAGGCUCCCCUGAUUUUUAUAAGACUGCACGUCGAUCUGCUAUUUCUCUGGUUUACUAUGCGUUUUGUUUGGAAAAUGGAGCCUACAAUGUGAAACUCCAUUUUAUGGAGAUUCAGUUUACAGACGAAAAACUAUACAGUCGUCUAGGCAGACGCAUAUUUGACGUCUAUAUUCAGGGAGAAUUGUUUUUAAGGGAUUUUAACAUAAAAGAGGAGGCUAAUGGAACUCUAAAACCUGUUGUGAAAGAAGUGAGCUUGAACGUGACCGACCAUGUGUUAGAGAUUCAGUUAUAUUGGGCAGGGAAAGGGACAACUCUCAUUCCCGAAAGAGGAAAUUAUGGUCCUCUUAUAUCUGCAAUCUCUUUGUGUCACAGUAGCCGGGAGCCACAAUGUGGAGCGGAGAUAACAAAGCACCACACUAAGAAUACACUAAUUUUUGGGGUAACGGGUGCCGUUGUAGCAAUUACUAUCUUGGCUUUUGGGUUAUAUGCUUUGAAAAGAUGUAGAGGAGACAAGAACACGACAGAAAGAGUAGAUCUGAAAGCCCAAGGUUUGCAAACUGUUUGCUUUACGUGGAGACAAUUACAAACUGCAACAAACAAUUUUGAUCAAGCCAACAAACUUGGAGAAGGAGGUUUUGGAACCGUAUUCAAAGGAGAGCUGUCGGAUGGAACUAUCAUAGCAGUCAAACAGCUUUCUUCUAACUCAUGCCAAGGAAACCGUGAAUUUGUGAAUGAGAUAGGAAUGAUCUCAGGGUUGAACCAUCCAAACCUUGUCAAGCUUUAUGGAUGUUGUGUCGAGAAGAAUCAAUUGCUACUCGUGUAUGAAUACAUGGAAAACAAUUCUCUUGCGCUUGCGUUGUAUGGAAAUAACUCUCAGACAUUGGACUGGGAAACAAGACAAAAGAUAUGUGUUGGAAUCGCAAGAGGGCUCGAAUUCCUUCAUGAAGGAUCAAUGAUCAGAAUGGUUCACCGUGACAUAAAAACCACAAAUGUCCUUCUAGACGCAGACCUAAAUGCAAAGAUAUCUGACUUUGGAUUGGCUAGGCUCCAUGAAGAAGAACACAGUCACAUUAGCACCAAAAUUGCAGGAACCAUUGGAUAUAUGGCUCCGGAAUAUGCACUAUGGGGUCAAUUAACAGAGAAAGCAGACGUGUACAGUUUCGGGGUUGUGGCAAUGGAAAUUGUUAGUGGGAAGAGUAAUGUUAAACCGCAGGGAAAUGAUGAUCAUGUCUCGCUUAUCAAUUGGGCGCUGGCUCUACACCAGACAGGAGACGCAAUGGAGGUUGUAGAUCCAGUGCUCCAAGGUGAUUUCAACAGUAAAGAAGCAGUAAGGAUGAUCAAAGUUGCUCUUGUCUGCACAAAUUCAUCACCUGCCUUAAGACCAACUAUGUUAGAGGCCGUGCAAAUGCUCGAGGGAGAGAUGGAAAUAACACCGGUAAUGUCAGAUCACGGUUUAUAUGAACACAACUUGAGCAUCUCAAAGAUGAGGGUCACUACUACAAUUGGUAGCUCGAGCACGUCAGGCGUGACAAAUCAAACAGCAACCACAAUGAAAUCUGAUGCUUCUGGUUGUGAUCUCUAUCCACUAUACCCUGAAUCCAUGAUCCUGAACUCCACAUCAGAUCUUUCUUCCUCAUCACUAUAAUGUCAAAAGCUAUGCACAUUGCCUUAUCUUUAAGAGAGAAAAAAGCUUGUGGAGUUUUCUUAUUUAUCAUAUCAUUAAAGCUGUCUACAGCUUUACUAUACUAGCUCAAUUAAAAUCGAUCCAAAACCAUUGGUAUUUUUAUGACUA